UCAUUCCAUUCGGCCUCUUCAAGCUACACGGAAGUCCGUUCAGCAAAACAAAAAAAAAAAAAAAACACAAUUUUUUUUUUUAUUAAAAUUCAAAGGCCUAAUAUCAUACAAAAGUGUCAGUGAGCAGCAUGGACGGCUUCUACAGCAACAGCAACAGUUGCAGCAACAACGGCGGCUACUGCUCGCAGGGUUCGCGAAGUGGCAACUGCGGAUCGUGUGGCAACUGCCCCGGUGGCCACUGCCCCCGAAUGGAGGCGGGUGGUAGUAGCUACGGCGCUCGAGGAAUGAGCCAGCCGGGUUGUCCUGGCGGCAACUGUUGUCCCGGCGGAAGGUGUUCGGCCGGAAAGUCGCGCUUCAAUCCAGACUGGCAGUAUGGUGGACGCUAGCACCAAAGAGUUAGCGCUUCCCAGACCUGCAAAUCGAACGCCCACGAAUGGACUUCCACUCCACAUCUUACCGGAAUAGCUGCACACAGGAAUCAGAUUAGGUGAUCAGCAUCGAGAGGAAGCGGAUCCGCUGGUCGACUCGGAAACUUGCACCCAUAUCCACACACUUACCAUCUACACUUGCCAUCUACACUUACCAUCUACACUUACCAUCUACACUUACCAUCUACACUUACCAUCUAGACUUACCAUCUACACUUUCCACAUACACUUUCCAUUCACGCAUAAAUUACCAAUAUCCCCGACGAACAAGAAAAUAAAAAGAUACAUACAAAUGU